AACGGCUGCUAAUCGAGUGCUCGGGAAAGGGAGGUAUCGACAUCGUAGACGAGGUAGCAUAGGAAGCGAACUUUUCGAACACACGUUCAUUUGUACCAGCUUUCGUGCAAUUGGAUAAAGAGAAAGAAGGUCUUCCGUACACGUGACGAUAGCUGCUUUUUUCGUUUUCCCUGUCUUUGUUUAGGAGAAAGGGCCUUUAUCAAGAAAGGAGAACAACAAAACAGCGCUGGAACGCAACGGGCGGUACGCGUUAGAGGCAGAGAUAUACACAGCGGUUGCGAGGUCAGAUGAGUUUAGGAGCAGCAGCAGCUGCCCAGGCAUCGACACCUGCGAUGAGAGGCGGUAUCCUGCUGGAUGGGUAUGAUGCGCGUAUAGUGGAAUUCCAAUGCGGUAUGAGGAAGCUCCAGGUGUUGCAGACCCAUUUGAGGGCGCUUGCGAUCAAGGUGAAGGCCUGUAAGGGAGAGUCGGUACCGCUGAUUCAUUAUAUCGUCACGCUUGCGACUGGUGCGACACAGGUGAAUGACCAACUGAGGAAGAGACUUGAGUCUGUGAAUAGACUGGAAUGCCUAAGGGAUCGCAGAAAGCUCGUGCCACACGUGAACACAUCUCCAGUUAGCGUUGAUCUGGAGGACUCUUCUGAGCCGGUGUGUCCGUACACUUCCGAUGCAGACUAUGCGCAGCUAUUGGAUGAUCUCACAUUGAUUGCUGAGAACGGUGUUGCCAUAUACCAGGAGAAGUUGAAGCAGUCUCUCACGGAAAGGGACGUUGCCAGAAAACCAGAUGCGACGCAUAGACCUAUACCUUUGGAUUUUUCAAGUUUUGCUGAUGUCAUCGAACCCUUAGAAGUGAUGACAUUGAGUCAAUUUGUGAGAGGUGCUGAGGAAACCGGUAUUCAAAAGCUGAAGUCUACCCGAGCGUUUCUCGAUGCUGUUGAGAAAACGACCAAAAACAUCGGGUCGUAUGUGGAUGUGGUGGUAAAGACCAAGGCAAAGCUCACCGAGGCAAGCAUACAAAGGCUUCCAUCCUGGGCUUACACCCUCCAUAGAAUCGUCGCUUCAAUUUUCAAGUUAUCAGAACUCUACGCCAUCUUGAGAAGAUUUGGAAGAGAAUUAUACAUUCCUAGAAAACAGGACUUCCACUCGGCAAAGCUGCUACAUAAGAACACCAAGUGGCAGAAUAUUCUUAAUGAAUGUGAAGAGUAUCUUGUCAACUCAAAGAAGAACGAACUUAUGCUUUUGGUCUUGUCUAAGGUUACCCGUUCAGGAUCACAGUUCCCCCUGAAAGCUAGCACCAUACAGGAGAUGAUUCCUCCUCUAAAUCACUCAUACAACUUGGUGAUUAAAUUGAUAUCGGUUCUUCGUGAUCUCCUUAAAGGCUGGGAAGAAGUUGGGUUCAGUGAGCAGCCAUCAGAGCUGAAAGCUGGUACCGGUAAAAAACUCACUGUGUUGUUCAAACCCGAUAAGGGGAAACAGCCAAAGGAAAUUACCGCUGUACAGCAGCGUGAUAAAGAACGUGCUUUCACUAUCGAGAGGAUCAAUCAGCAAGGCACUUCAACGAAGGUUAGAGCAGGUUCUUUGACCACAGCUACUACAAACCAGCUUGUUCGUUCUGCUAGUGUUGCUGCAACUCGAGCCCGUGCAGGAAGCAACCCACCAAUCAUGUGUACUUCGCCAUUCAGCACAACAACACGGUCCCGGUCUGGCAGUAAUGCUUCUGUUGCAUCUUCAUCAAGCACAUCUUCGCAGCUGAACAGUCUGAGAGAGAAUUGUACAACUGCUUCAAGAUCUACUCAAGAGUCACCGACGGUUCUAUCGAGAACUCCAUCAAACCAACGUCGUGUUAGACCUCAGUCAGUAUACUCGAACGCGGCAUUUGAUAUUAGAACACAGUUAAGAAGGCAAGAGAAGCUGAAGGCCAAUACACCUUCACCGCCAACGGAAUCCCCCAAGCCCAAUGGUAGUGCUACACGGUUGAAAAGAUCCUCUUCUUUACAACAGCCACCAAACUCUAUGAGAAAAGCUACUAUGGUGAAUGCAGCAGCAGCAGGUGCAUUGUUGAGUCAAACUGAGAAGCAGACCACCGUUUUGAGACAUUCUUCACUAAAGAGUCCUGCUGAAUUGGCCAAAUCUAAGAAUAGUUCCCCAGAAAACAGACAACCAAGUCCACCAAAACAUAGAUUAACAGCGAAUGGUACACAGAGAAUUCUUCCCACUGAUCAGAUGAAGACUGUUGUGGAAUCCAAUGAUGUACCUAAUUUGUCUGAGCUGAAGAUUAGCUCAUCAACAAGAUCAGAUACGAACACUUCAUCAAGAGGAAGUUCUAAUUCAACACCAAGAGUGAUUCCAAAGGCCUCACAGAAAGUUAGAACAGUCAUUUCGCCUAAAGUCACAUCUAAGUCAACGCCUAAGGUGAUCUCAAGAACAACUCAAAAGGAAACACCGGAGUCGACUUCAAACUCAACACCAACAGUACUUUCACCACCUAAAUCCCCUGAGCUGACACCGGCAACUGUUAUCAUGAAGAGGGAUGAUUCUACAGAUAGCAGUGGUUCAAUUCAGCCAACUCCAGAGACAUUGACUCCUACAGUUACUAAUGAGGAUUAUGAUAUUACUCCAACAAAGUCCAACUCGAAGAUUGAUUUUUACCCCGAUUUGAUGCCCUUGAAACCUUCUGAAUCACCAUCUGCAAAGCCGAUGAAUAAAUCUAUACCUAGUGGUGAGGCAUCUAGUACACCCGAACUGGUUGAGAGCAGCACUGCCUCAGAGUCGAGUCUUGAGGAUGAACCACCUGAGCCAAAGAAAAUUACUAAAAGAGUGAGGUUUAUUGGUGUGCCACCUCUUUUACCUGAACCCAAACCAAAACGUAAAGGCUGGGCUCAUCCUCCAAGUACACUGAGUAUUCAAAAGGCGAGAACCGGGUUGUCUGUUGCAGCAGCAGCUUUACAACAGGAGAGAAUGGCAUUUAGCAGAAGUAAACAAGGUGGAUUUGGGGCUUUUGACAAUUCAACCAACGCAUCUGAUCGUAUGAUGAACAGCAUCACAGCUUCAUCAAGUCAAAAGAGAUGGAGGAUUGGUGGUAAACUUCGUGAUCGCUUCUAGUGACCCAGACUGUUGUUUUCUUCUUUUGAACUCACAUUCUAGUCCCACAUUAUAAUAGGGAAAGUGACUAUUGGUAAGCGUUUGACGAUCAUUUUAGAAAAUAUAGGCAUCGUUUUACAGCUUAACUCUACGUCACUAGGCUAGGCAUAAAAAACCUGUGUUAAAACCAUCCAUUUGGCGAUACCAAUCAAUUACCUUACGUACCUCAUCGGUAUUUCAUUUGUUCAUUUGUACUAAUGAAGUUUUCCCUUUCUUCUGUAUGUCUUUGUUAUUUCGAUUCAAGACUGAUAUAAGUGCAAUCU